ACCCCACCCCACAGUGCCUGGCUGCAGCCUCCCUGUCCACCAGCCUCAGAGCCAGUGCUAGCUGUGCCGCAGAGAUGGGGCUGCCCCGUCCAGGGCUAUGGCUGAAGAGGCUCUGGGUGCUUGUGCAGGUGACUGUGGAGGUAGCCAUGGGCAAAGUGCUAAUGACACUGUUUCCAGACAGAAUCAAGAAAAACAUCCUGGCCAUGGGCCAGAAGACUGGGAUGACAAGGAAUCCGCAGUUUUCCCAUGACAACUGGAUCCCGACCUUCUUCAGCACCCAGUAUUUCUGGUUCAUCCUGAAGGUCCGUUGGCAGCGGCUGGAGGACACAGCUGAGCUAGGUGGUCUGGCCCCGGAUUGCUCGGUAGUCUGCCUCUCGGGACAGAAGUGCACCAUCUGGGACUUCAUGCAAGGCAACAGGCCACUGGUGCUGAAUUUUGGAAGUUGUACCUGACCUUCGUUUAUGUUCAAAUUUGACCAAUUUAAGAGACUUAUUGAAGACUUUCAUCUCAUAGCAGAUUUUCUCAUCAUUUACAUUGAAGAAGCGCACGCCUCAGAUGGCUGGGCCUUUAAGAACAACAUGGACAUCAGGCAGCACCGGAACCUCCAGGACCGCAUGCGGGCAGCCCACCUGCUGCUGACCAAGACCCCCCAGUGUCCUGUGGUGGUGGACACCAUGCAGAACCAGAGCAGCCAGCUCUAUGCGGCUCUGCCUGAGAGGCUUUAUGUACUCCAGGAGGGCAGGAUCCUCUAUAAGGGUAAAUCUGGUCCUUGGAACUAUAAUCCUGAGGAAGUUCAUGCUGUUCUGGAAAAGCUCCGUUCUCAACCUGGACAGAUCCCCCUGUUGUAGGUGACCAACAGGAGAGCUCCUCCCAGCUCUGCUCUUCCCCCAGCCCGGCUAUCUUUAUCUUUGACUUGUGUUCCCAGCCAAACAACUAGUUCAGAUUUUCCAGAUCUAAGCAAACAACUCCCACCAAGGGGUACAGGUCACAGCAUCCAAUGAGGACAAAUUGUUAUGAUCAGAAGAUGAAGCAACACUUGAGCUGUUCCUGCAAGUGAACUGUGAAAGAACGUAGAACUCCACACUACUCCCACUGCUGGUCCCAUUCACUGUGCAACGUCACUGAGUGAGAGAGCAGUCACACUCUACUGGCAUGCUUCUGAAGUGUCGUUAUCUCUUCAGCCACUCUCAAACCAAGCAGUUCAAUACGACAUCCCUUAUGCAGGGAAAAUUAAUCUGACCAAAUCUGCCAUUCCUAGAAUUGACCAUUUAAGUCUAAUUGGUUUGUAGAACUCCAGUUGUAAGGGUGAGUUGAGGAACUGUAAGAGGAGGUGGUGGGAACAGAAGAGGAUUGUAACAUUUUCCUUGCCAAAAUAUUUAAAUCAGUUGUUGCAGGCAGAGGGAUGGUGAGUUUCCAUGGUAACACAUUUCCACUUCCUCCAGAAGGAGGAGAGUACUCACUUUACCAACUUCAAAUGUAUUUAUCUUCCACUGCUCUAACUUGAGAGUCAUUCUGAGGGGAGGAUUUUUUGACUUUCUAAAAGAAUGAUAACCUUCGCCAAACCAGAUAACAGGCACUAGCAAAAGCUGUCAUUCACAUAUGCAGAAAUGUAUAUUUGACAUUGUUUCGCUAAUUUCUUCACAAGUCUCUUAAUGGUCAUUGUGUCACAUUACAUCAGACUAAUGGAUAACCAUUGGUAUUCAUCUGUUCUAACUCUGCUUCUUUUCAUAUUUGUUCAUGAUGGCCACAGCCUAAAGUACACACAGCUGUGACUUGAUUUGAAAGAAAAUGUUUUAAGAUGCAGCAAGCUAAAACAGAGUAAUUAAAAUGUAUCAGGCUA